UCAUGAAUGGAGCUGUUUACUGGCUGCUUUCUCGUGAGCUUGUAAACGCACCUUAAACGAUCAUAGCAGAUUUUGCACAAGUUUUCGCGGUUGUAAUUUAGAUAGUUGCCUAGCCCCUAAACUAUUAUUGAGGCGUCCUAUUUCCAGACAUAUCGUCGUCGCCAACGGCUAGGUGCCUUAGAGAUGAAAAGGAACGGAACUUAUCGAUUUCUGUCGGUUUUUUCUUGUCUCGUCGUCUGUGUUUUCUUGAUAGUCUUUUGGUUUUUUGUGUUUUAUUCUAUAAUGUUGGCACCAUAACUACUAGUGGCUCAGUGUGGAUCAGGUUUGGCAUGCGACCCAGUAAAUUAGAUCACGUUAAGCCAGAUGUACAUGAUUUAUCUAUCUGAACUGGUGUACGGGCAUUCAUAUAAUCUCUCCAUUUUUGGUAAAUGAAAAAGUUGCAAUAUUGGUCAGAUGCCACCUGACCGUAACCAGAUCUUUAGCAACUAGCGUUAGCCUUAGAAUGAAUGAACGUAGCUAACUGGCUAACAGUUAUAACACAAAGUGGUCAAUGUAACUUUGUUAACUCUGAACAUCCCUGUCCGACAAAGCAACUCACCCGACAUUUUCAAAAUACUAAAGUACGUCUCUAUUUUCUUAAAAGGUUCAUGUUACUUCACCGAUUAGCUAGCUAGCUUGUUUGCUAAUUUCAGGAUGCAUGUUUGUCGUCAUUGCUUACAGUGGAUCACGUGUUUUGAACACGGAAGUCAACGUUUUGCUUUCUGAACAGUGAGAAAGACCCUGACUUCAGAAUGGCUGAUGGCUCCACUGUAAAGGGCCCAGGUACUCAAAAGCUGCAGUUUGCCCCGUUCUGCAGUGCUUUAGAGGCAGGUUUCUGGCACCAGUUGACACAGAAGAAACUUAAUGACUAUCGCCUUGAUGAAAGUCCUAAAAGCAUCAAAGGAUACUACUACAAUGGUGAUCCAGAUGGCCUCCCUACACGCCUGACUCUGGAGUUCAGUGCAUUUGAAGUUGAUGGGCCCACUCCAGUGCGCUGCUGUCCAGCCACAGGCAUACUCUACAACACCAACACAUUAGAAGCAUUCAGAUCCAUUGACAAGAAAGCUCUCCUGGACACAGAGGCCUCCGAGAUAUGGGAGGCAAUCCAAUCCAAUGCUGCUCUACAAAAUCCCUCAAUCCUCAACAAAUUUAUUUUGCUGACUUUUGCAGAUUUGAAGAAGUAUCACUUCUAUUAUUGGUUCUGCUUCCCAGCACUUGGUUUCUCUGAAGGCAUUCAAAUUAUCCAGGAGCCUGUCCUUCUAAGUCAGAAGUUCUCUCCCAAGCAGAUAUCUGCCCUCCAAGGAGCCUAUGACGGUCUCUGCACUACGAACAAUACCACGGCGGUCCCUUACUUCCUCAUCAAAUACACAGAGGAAGAUGUGACGGCGGCUCCACUACAGGAGUGGGAAGCUUUCUUCACAGACCUCAAGACGGUGACUGUUGGCGUCUACGAUCCUUGCACACUUCCCCAACACCCAGGAUGGCCACUCCGAAAUCUACUCAUUCUCAUCGCAAGCAAAUGGGGUGCCCAGGUGGAUUUGGUGGAGGUAUUGUGCUAUAGAGACAGGACGCUCCAAGGCACACGCUCAGUGCAGCACAGCAUCAUCUUUCAGGUCAAGCUUCCGGAUCUUUCCGCCAGCACAGGCUGUCCUAAGAGUGUUGGCUGGGAGAAGAACCAGAAAGGCGCCAUGGGACCUAGAAGUGUCAAUCUGAGCGAGUGUAUGGACCCUAAGAGACUGGCCGAGUCCUCUGUAGAUCUGAAUCUCAAGUUGAUGCGCUGGAGAUUGGUCCCGACUCUGGAUCUGGAUAAGGUCAUCUCCACCAAGUGUCUUCUGCUGGGAGCUGGAACACUGGGCUGCAAUGUGGCCCGCUGUCUCAUGGGCUGGGGAGUGAGGCACAUCACUUUUGUGGACAAUGCCAAGAUCUCCUACUCCAACCCAGUGCGCCAGCCCCUCUAUGAGUUCGACGACUGCCUUUCCGGAGGGAAAUCCAAGGCAUUUGCUGCUGUGGAGAGACUGAGAAAGAUCUUCCCUGGAGUGCAGAAUGCGGAGGGCUUCAACAUGAGCAUUCCUAUGCCCGGCCACCCAGUGAACUUCUCGGAGGAGACGCUGGGGCAGGCGCAGCGAGACGUGGAGCAGCUGGAGACGCUCAUCGCCGCCCAUGACGUGGUCUUCCUCUUAAUGGACACCCGCGAGAGCCGCUGGCUUCCCACAGUCCUUGCGGGCAGCCAGCGAAAGCUCGUGGUGAACGCCGCCCUCGGUUUUGACACCUUUGUGGUGAUGCGGCAUGGUAUGAAGCGUCCUCCUGGCGAGUCGGCCGAGUCCAGCCCCUCGUCCUCCACCGGCACCUCGUCCUCCUCCUCCUCCACGCCCGGUCCGGCCACUCUCCCAGCAGCCUCUCUGUUCUCCAACAUCCCCGGACACCGACUGGGCUGCUACUUCUGCAAUGACGUGGUUGCCCCCGGCGAUUCCACCAGGGACAGGACGUUAGACCAGCAGUGCACCGUAAGCAGGCCUGGCCUGGCCAUGAUCGCUGGAGCUCUGGCUGUGGAGAUGAUGGUGUCCAUCCUCCAGCACGCAGAGGGGGGCUAUGCAGUGGCCAGCAGCAGUGACGACCGCAUGAAUGAACCCCCCACGUCCCUGGGUCUGGUUCCCCAUCAGAUCCGAGGAUUUCUGGCCAGAUUUGACAACGUCCUUCCUGCAAGUUUGGCCUUUGACAAGUGCACCGCCUGCUCCACAAUAGUCCUUGAACACUACGAGCGAGAGGGCUUCCCGUUCCUGUCCCAGGUCUUCAACUCCUCCCACUCCUUCCUGGAAGAUCUGACGGGCCUGACGCUGCUGCACCAGGAAACUCAGGCGGCCGAGAUCUGGGACAUGAGUGACGAUGAGAGCAUCUGAAGAGAGCUCACAAGACUGCGUUGAAUGGGCCUCCAGACUCCAGAGCUGACACUUUGAUACAGACUGACUAUUUCGUGUGAGAUCAGCAACCAAAGUCAACAUGCGUCUUGUUUUCUCUACUGUUGUACUUUAUGUCUGAUUGCUUAUACACACACACACACACACACACACACAAACAUGCAUAUUCUGUUAUGUUAUUUUCUAACUUCAUUGUGUUGUUGUAUAUCAAGUCCUUGUACUCAGUUACUCUGACAGCAACAUUAAAAUGCAUUAAACCAUGAAUCA